UAGGAUUAAGGUUUCAUCCCCUCCAACUCUUGUAGUCUUGUUCUUUUUUCUGUCCAUCUAUAAAAGGACGCACUUUACAAGUAAAGAUCUUCUCAUUAAUCCUAAGGACCUAAACUAUUCCAUACUUGCAUGAUUGGAAGUCCAAAUAUUAUCAAUCUGUUUGUUUCCCGGAAAAAUUCCAUCGAACAAAACUUCAGGCACCGAUUUAUUCACCUCGUUCAAAGAGGGCACCAAUUCAGAUAGAAAAAGGGGAAAAAAAUGGCGACUUCCAAACCCCAGAGAACACCGGAGGAGGUGGAGGACAUAAUCCUCCGGAAGAUUUUCCUCGUGUCGCUCUCCGACACGGCGGCGAAUUCCGAUUCCAGAAUCGUCUACUUGGAGAUGGCGGCGGCGGAGAUUCUGAGCGAGGGCAAGGAAUUGCGGCUCUCCAGGGAUUUGAUGGAGCGAGUCCUGAUCGAUCGCCUCUCCGGAAGCUUCCCCUCCGCCGACCCCCCUUUCGAAUACCUAAUCGGCUGCUACCGCCGCGCUUACGACGAGGGCAAGAAAAUCGCUCCCAUGAAGGACAAGAAUCUCCGCUCGGAGAUGGAAUCGGCAGUCAAACAGGCUAAGAAGCUCUCGGUCAACUACUGCAGGAUUCAUUUAGGAAAUCCGGACCUUUUUUCGAGCGGGAACUCGAGCGAUUCGGGUAAGCCGAACGGUUCGCCGCUUCUGCCAUUGAUUUUCUCGGAGGUCGGGGGCACUCUGGACGGCUUCGGAGGGACGAGCAGCGGCGGGAUUCAGAGUCCUCCUGGUUUUCUGGAGGAGUUCUUCAGAGACGGGGACUUCGAUAGCUUGGACUCGAUAUUGAAGGGGCUUUACGAGGAUCUUAGGCUUGGAGUGCUUAAGGUUUCGGCUUUAGGGAACUUUCAGCAGCCGCUGAGGGCUCUUAUGUAUUUGGUGAGCUUUCCGGCUGGGGCUAAGUCUCUGGUGAGCCACCCUUGGUGGAUUCCCAAAGGCGUUUACUUGACUGGGCGUGCCAUUGAAGUGACCAGCGUUUUGGGUCCUUUCUUUCACGUCAGUGCUUUGCCUGAUCAUAAUACUAUUUACAAGAGCCAACCAGAUGUGGGCCAGCAAUGUUUUUCAGAAGCUUCUACUCGGCGGCAAAAUGAUUUGCUUUCUUCAUUUACCACUAUCAAGACGGUCAUGAAUAAUUUAUAUGAUGGCCUAUCGGAGGUUCUUUUGGUACUCCUUAAAAAUCAAGACACCCGACAGAAUGUUCUUGAGUUUUUUGCAGAGGUUAUUAAUAAAAAUUCGUCAAGGGCUCAUAUACAGGUGGAUCCUAUGUCUUGUGCAAGUUCAGGCAUGUUUGUGAAUUUGAGUGCCGUGAUGCUUAGGCUUUGUGAGCCUUUCUUAGAUGCAAAUUUGACAAAAAAGGAUAAAAUUGACCCAAAAUAUGUUUUUAAUGGUGACCGUUUGGAUUUAAGAGGGUUGACUGCUCUGCAUGCAUCAUCAGAAGAAGUUGCUGAAUGGACAAAUAAAACUAGUCAGGGGCAAAGAGAUGGUGAGAAUCGAUUGCUGCAGUCCCAAGAAGCCACCAGUUCAGGCAGUAAUGCUUUUGGACCGUCUAUAACAAAUACAUCAAGUGGUGAAAAAACUAAAUACACAUUUAUAUGUGAAUGUUUCUUCAUGACUGCAAGGGUGCUCAAUCUGGGCAUGUUAAAAGCAUUCUCUGACUUUAAAAAUUUAGUUCAGGAAAUCUCAAGGUAUGAAGAGACCCUCACCACUCUCAAAGCCAUGCAACAGCAGACACCUUCUCCACCAAUGCAGCUGGAAAUAACUGGUCUUGAGAAAGAAAUAGAGUUGUUAUCACAAGAAAAGCUGUGUUACGAAGCUCAGAUAUUAAGGGAUGGAACACUUAUACAGUGUGCUGUGUCUUUCUAUCGAUUGAUGGUUGUAUGGUUGGUUGGCAUGGUUGGUGGAUUUAAAAUGCCUCUUCCUGCAACAUGCCCUGAGGAAUUUGCGUGUAUGCCAGAGCACUUUGUGGAAGAUGCUAUGGAAUUGCUUAUAUUUGCUUCCCGGAUUCCCAAAGUCUUAGAUGGUGUCUUGCUGGAUGAUUUUAUGAACUUUAUCAUCAUGUUCAUGGCUAGCCCAAACUAUAUAAGAAAUCCUUAUUUAAGAGCAAAGAUGGUUGGAGUCCUGAACUGCUGGAUGCCCCGUAAAAGUGAACUCGGUGGAUCAUCUGCUACUGCUAGUCUCUUUGAAGGUCACCAACUGUCUCUUGAGUAUCUUGUGAGGAAUCUUUUGAAGCUUUAUGUUGACAUUGAGUUCACUGGUUCUCACACUCAGUUUUAUGAUAAGUUCAACAUCCGCUACAACAUUGCUGAACUUCUUGAGUACCUGUGGCAAGUCCCUAGUCAUCGUAAUGCUUGGAGAAGGAUUGCAAAGGAAGAGGAAAAGGGUGUCUAUCUGAACUUCUUAAACUUCCUGAUCAACGACAGCAUCUAUCUUCUUGAUGAAAGUCUUAAUAAGAUUCUUGAACUGAAAGAGCUGGAAGCUGAGAUGGCGAACACUGCUGAAUGGGAGCGGCGACCUGCUCAAGAGAGGCAGGAGCGAACCCGACUAUUCCAUUCUCAGGAAAAUAUUAUACGUAUUGACAUGAAAUUGGCGAAUAAAGAUGUCACUAUGCUGGCGUUUACUUCUGAACAAAUCACAGCUCCUUUCCUACUUGCUGAGAUGGUUGAAAGAGUAGCAAGUAUGCUCAAUUACUUUCUGUUGCAACUGGUGGGUCCCCAAAGAAAAUCCCUUAGUUUGAAAGACCCAGAAAAAUAUGAAUUCCGUCCAAAGCAAUUGCUUAGGCAGAUUGUACAGAUAUAUGUUCAUUUGGCAAGAGGUGAUACGGAAAAUAUCUUCCCAGCUGCCAUUUCAAAGGACGGUCGAUCAUAUAAUGACCAGUUGUUCACUGCAGCAGCAGAUGUUCUCAGGAGAAUUGGUGAAGAUGGGAGGAUUAUACAGGAAUUUGCUGAGCUAGGUGCCAAAGCUAAAGUUGCCGCUUCUGAGGCUAUGGGCACGGAGGCUGUUCUCGGAGAGAUACCCGAUGAGUUCCUUGAUCCAAUUCAAUACACAUUAAUGAAGGAUCCGGUGAUCUUACCUUCUUCCAGAAUCACAAUAGAUCGGCCAGUCAUUCAAAGGCAUCUUCUUAGUGAUAGUACUGAUCCAUUCAACCGUUCCCAUCUUACCGGGGACAUGUUGAUACCCAACACUGAAUUAAAGGCGAGAAUCGAGGAGUUUAUUAGGUCUCAAGAAAUGAAGCGACUUGGUGAAGGCUUAAGCACGCAGAGCUCCAAGGAAACUAUACAAACCACAGAUGGUCAAAUGCUGAUUGAUUAGGUAUUUAGUUUGGAGUGAUGAGUUAGGUUUUAUAUUUUGGGAAGGAUACAUUAUUUAUUUCAAUAGUAAUUAAUAUUUUAAAUGAGGAUUGUAAGUAUUCCGACGCCAAUUUCACAUGUUUAUUCUUAGAAAUAACAUUUGUUCUUUCUGAAACACCCUGUAAAGUUUCUGCAAUUUGAUGUAUAAGACGUUAUAUUAU